AUGAACAAUACCAAUUGGAAGGUAUCAGUAACGACAUUUAAUUGUGGUAAAGAGUUUCCCGUUGAAAAUUCGAAAGCAAUCGUUAAGCAAUUGCUUUUCCCCUACGAUGACGGCAUCUCCCGACUAGAAUUGCAAGAUGUAUAUGUAUUGGGGUUCCAAGAACUAGUUCCCAUAUGGCAAGGCUCCUUCCCUGCUGUUAAUCGUGAUUUAAUCAGUGGAAUUACAAAUACUGCGAUUGAAUGUCUGAAUGAGAAAGUGACAGCUAUUCAAGGGAAUGAACAGUAUUCAUGUUUAGGGGUGAAUAGUCUUGGAGCCAUCACCAUAAUAGUAUUAUACAACAAUAACGCACUGAAGGUGAAAGGAGAUAUUUUGAAAAGGAAUGGAAAAUGCGGCUGGUUUAGUACACAUUUGAAAGGCGGGACUUUGUUAAGCUUUCAAAUGGCACGCAAUGGCGAGGAGAACUGGGAGAGAUUUAGCUAUAUAUGUGUUCAUUUGAAUGCAAAUGAAGGUGUCAACAAUAGAAACCAGAGGAUAGGUGACUACAAACGGAUAAUGAGUGAAGUGUGCGAUUCUGAGAUUGCCAAAAGCGAUCACUUUUUCUUUCUGGGAGAUUUGAAUUUUAGGGUUACUAGUACUUACGAUCCAGCUACCGAUUAUUCGUCCACGACAACAUUAAGGCGUCUAUUAGAAAACUACGAAGAACUGAACCUGCUACGUAAAAGGGAGGAUGAACCAUUAUGUAAGGGUUUCCAGGAACUGGAGAUAAAGUUUCCACCAACUUUCAAGUUCAAAUUAUUUGAAAAAGAAACAUAUAAUACGAAAAGAAUCCCGUCAUGGUGCGAUAGGAUCCUAUACAAGAGGUAUGCAAUGCCAACUUUAGCGCAAGAAGGUAUAUACCAUUCCGUCCCUAGAUCCAAUGCUUUAUUAUUUAGUGAUCAUCAACCCGUUAAUCUUACCGUAAGAUUACCAAGGUCUACAGGAAUAGCAGGCCCGUUAUCGUUAAAUAUCGAGAAAUAUCAUUUAGCAUGGAGUUCUAGUCUGAUUGGACAAAUUGGUGACGGAGUCAUUGGGUACUGCGGUUGGCUAAUCACUAAGAAUGCACAUUAUUGGAUAUUGGGUUCUGUACUAUUAUAUUUACUGCUAAAAAUUCUGUAG